ACGAGCCGACAGAGCCGCUCGUGCAGCGCAGCGACUGGCGACAGUUUUGGACGAUAGAGGGAGAGUGAGCUGUUUGUUUUUACGUUAAACAGGUGAACGAAAGCUGGUAGUUCUUCGUUUUUUUCCCCUCUCAACUGCCACACUGUCUUUGUUUUGGGCGCCCGGUGAAGGAUUUAGUGUUUUCAUGUUGUGCGAUUUCCAGCGUUUGCGCGAAGACUUCCAGCGGGCGAGUCGCAUCAGUUCGCCCGGAGGGUCGACACCCUCCUCCGCCCCGCUCGUGUCAGACGUUUAGAAGAUGACCGGAGAGAAGAUACGCUCACUGCGCAAGGACCACAGGCCGAGCAAGGACGACGAUUUACUGGAGCCGGACGAAGAGGCUGCGACCGGGACGUUCACCGCCCCCAAAACGAACAACAAGAGCAGAGCCAGUAAAAUCUUCAGCAAUCACAAGUUAAUCAAGUCAUCAUCCACACAACAACAACAACAACAACAGCAGCAGCAGCAGCAGAACCAACAGUCGCAAAAUAAUGCCAAUACCAACACACUCUCAACAUCGGAUGUUAUUGAUGACAACAACAAAAACCCCAUCAUACGAGCAGGGCAGGACUUCCCGGUGCACGAGUGUGUGUUUAAGGGAGAUGUCCGACGCCUCUCUUCGCUUAUACGGACGCAGAAUAUCGCCCAGAAAGAUAUCCACGGAAACACACCACUGCACCUCGCUGUCAUGAUGGGACACAAAGAGUGUGCCCAUCUGUUGCUAGCCCACAAUGCACCAGUGAAGGUGAAGAAUGCCCAGGGAUGGAGUCCACUUGCUGAGGCCAUCAGCUAUGGAGACCGUCAGAUGAUCACAGCACUGCUGAGGAAGUUGAAGCAGCAGUCCAGAGAGAGCGUGGAGGACAAAAGGCCCAAACUCCUGAAAGCUCUAAAAGAGCUUGGGGACUUUUACCUGGAGCUUCACUGGGACUUCCAAAGUUGGGUGCCUUUGCUCUCAAGAAUCUUACCUUCAGACGCAUGUAAAAUCUACAAGCAAGGCAUCAACAUCAGGUUGGACACAACGCUGAUAGACUUCAUGGAUAUGAAAUGUCAGCGUGGCGAUCUCAGUUUCAUCUUCAAUGGCAACGCCAUUCCCUCGGAGUCAUUUGUUGUGCUGGACAACGAACAGAAGGUUUACCAGCGGAUACAUCAUGAGGAGUCAGAGAUGGAGACAGAAGAGGAGGUGGACAUUCUGAUGAGCAGUGACGUUUACUCUGCGACACUGUCCACAAAGUCCAUCACCUUUUCCCGAGCACAGACUGGCUGGCUCUUCAGAGAGGACAAGACGGAACGCGUGGGAAACUUCCUUGCAGAUUUCUACUCCGUGAAUGGCCUGGUGCUCGAAUCCAGGAAGAGGCGAGAGCAUCUGAGCGAAGAGGACAUCUUGAGGAACAAAGCCAUCAUGGAGAGUCUGAGCAAAGGAGGGAACCUUAUAGAGCAGAAUUUUGAGCGAAACCACCAGUCCAAUCCUGAAACUGUCCUGUCCCGCUGGAACCUCGGGCCGGCAAGGAGGCAGUCCCUCACUCCACCUUCACCAAACACUAUAUCCUGGGAGGAGUACAUAACUGCUGACAAUGGAAAGGCACCUCAUCUUGGAAGAGAGCUGGUCUGCAAAGAAAACAAGAAAAACUUCAAAGCCACGAUAGCCAUGAGUCAAGAAUUCCCUCUCGGGAUUGAAUCGUUACUGAAUGUUCUGGAGGUGAUUGCACCAUUCAAGCACUUUAAUAAACUCAGGGAGUUUGUUCAGAUGAAGCUCCCUCCUGGUUUUCCCGUCAAACUUGAUAUCCCCGUCUUUCCUACGAUCACAGCCACAGUGACGUUUCAGGAGUUUCGCUAUGAUGAGUUUGACGAAUCGAUUUUUACCAUUCCCAACGACUACAAAGAGGAUCCCAGUCGCUUCCCCGACCUUUAGCUGCUCAUGCUGGGCUUUGAGCAGCAGACAAGCAACAAAGCAACAUGGCAUUAUGAAACAUGUUUUCAAUUAGAGAGAAAAUCAAACCCGGAGGCAAAAAAAAAAAAAAAUAACAGCAGCAAACAUUUGACUAUGUCUCGUGUUGCUCACACAUCUAAUCCAGUUAGCAACAAAAUGACCACACAACCCUCACUGAAAUAGUGUUAUCAGAGCUGAAGGGGAGUUUUACAUCUCCUCUUGUGAACAAAGUGUUUUCAGGUGUAGAGUUGCAGGUUACAACUCUCAUCUUUAUACAGGUUUUCACUCGGCAGGCAAGUGAUGAAUUGCAGGUAACUUUAAACACCUCUUCAUUGAAAGGGCAUUGAUGUUAAAUGGAGCGACCACGCAGCAUGAGAGCUCUCUGUGUAUGGGGUAUGAAUAGAAAAAUGACAACGAGUUCAGUUGGGUGCUUUGUAUUAAAGUCUGUAAGUAAUUUUAAUAAAAGGGACUGUCUUAAACUGACCUGUAGUAAAGCACUGAUGUGACUGUAUGAGACGCUGGAGAGGAGUUUCACUAAAAAAGAGUUUUUAAGUUCUUUUCCUACUUGUUCUGACAUA